AUGAUUGAACAACUUCUUUGUAAAAUAUUCUCUGCUCAAUGUAAAUUAAGAUCUUUUCGACUUGAUAUUAGCAAUGGUUUUAGAGAUGGGAAUAUUCAUAGAUGUUUAGAAUCAAGCUCUUAUGUUUCUUUGAAUUCUAUUCAACAUGAACUUCAAUCGUAUUGUAUGACUCUUCGUUAUUUAUAUAUUCGACUUAAUCAAACAUGUUUUCUUGAAAAUCUUAUUGAACAUGUACCUAAUCUCGAACAACUAUCAGUUGAGUUUCAUUAUUUAUUAAAAUUCGGUUCAUUUGAUAAAUCGAAUGCUGAAAUGUUGAAGUCAUCAAAUGAAAAUUGGUUCAAUAGACUACCAAAACUACGAUGGUUUAGUUUAAAAACCUAUAUUUCCGAUGAUGUAGAAUUUAUUUAUUUGAAAUGGCUUCUUAAUAAAUUGAACUAUGUUGAAAAACUUCAAGUUCAUCUUCGAAAUAAUCGACUAAUUGAAAGAGAAUGUCAAAAUGUAUGGAAAUCUGUUAUUGAUGCAAAUUUUAUUCGUCAAUAUUGUUUACCUGAUAAAAUACUUAAUUUAAUUCAUUUUGAUUUUUAUGUUUGUUCACAAUGUCAAUUAUCAUUGAAUGACAUUGAAAAAAUAACUAAUUCAUUUAAAAUUCAUUCUUUUUUUAUUUCAUAUCAAUGGACAAAUGUUAAAUGUUUAUUUGAUCCAAUAAUGUCAUGCCAACAUCUUUUCUCUUCUUUUUCUAAUACACUAAAACUAUCGAAUUAUCUUAUUAAUCAUUCAUAUGUUUUUAAUUGGCCAUAUGUCGACAAACUUUGGUUUCAGUUACAUCCAUCAUUUUAUUUAUUUAUCGAACAAUUCAAUAAUUUAUCUCCUAAUAUUUCUUGUAUCAAUGUAUACAAAACUCGUGUCGAUGAACCAAUAAAUCGAAAUAAAAUACGUGAAAAAAUCCUUGCUCAUCUCAUUUCGAUGAGUGUACAACUCAAAUAUCUUCUAGUUGAACAAUUCGAAUGGCUCUUACAUGUUGUUCAAUACGCAUCUAACGAAUUAAGAAUGAAUUCAUUAAGUAGUGUUCGAUAUGCUGAAUUUUGUCUUACGAGUUGUCAUUAUGGUUUCAACAAAGCAAAUCAUAUUGGUAAACAUCUUGUGCCUUUUCUUAACAGAUACAUGCCUCAUUUACAAACAUUACGUCUUUGGCGACCUGAUGAUUUUCCAUGGACAUCUAUUCGACCAGAUGAUGAAAUACGUCGCAAUAAUGUGUUUCCACUUCAACAAUGGAUCAAAUCUCUAGAAACACCCGAAUCGAUUGCUCAACAUGUAAAUGUCUUUGAACAAGAUCUUUGUCAGUUGAUUGAAAAAUUAAAAGAAUUUACCUUUCUUGAUAUUUAUGGUGAAAUUCAUUAUGAAAAAGUUGAAGCUUAUCGUUUGAUGAUUCAAAAUUGCUUUCCUCAUAGUCAAAAUGAUGUUGAAAUAUCAAGAUUUCGUCUUUGGCUUUAA